GGAGCCCUCGGACUAAAUGGCAUUGGCGCUCCGAGGUUUUACUACCACAGGAGCGACUACUGGACAAGAGGGAAAGCGAAGAGAAAGCGGGAGGCGGUGAAACUAAACUAAACACCUCAGGACCUCUCUGUUUCUCACCCCCCCCUCCACCACCAAUCACCCAGGGAGCCCAGAAGGGGACAGAAGAGAAGACGACGAGGGGGGCGCGAUAAGAGCCGGCGGAGAAACUGACUCUGAGGGGGGAAAGGAAGAGCGCGAGCGGCGCUUUGCCUCGUUCGUGGGUUUUGGGUCUGGUUUUUCAAAGUGAGGCAACAACUUUUGGGAGUUCUUGGAUUGUGGCUUCUGGGAAGGUCCCCUGGACAGCGCAGGCCAGACCAAGCGGGGAUUGAAAGUGGUGGUCGGGAGCGAAUACCUUGCUUCCCGAGAGGGCGCCCCUCUGCUUGGGGCCAAGCGCCUGCCUUCCUGUAGCCAAAUCCCCCCCUCACACCUUUCUGGGGGGAGGGGGGAGGACACUGUGCGCUUUCGCCCUCGCGGACUCCGGAGCGGAGGGCGGCGGACGCCGCUUGGACCAUGUAAUUUUGAAGACGAAGGCGCAGAGCAGAGGAGACUGACCUUCGGGUUCUUCUUUCCUCUCCUCGCCAAAACGACGACGACCACGACGAUGAUGAAGAACCUGGUACGAAGAGUCUUUUCCUGGGUGAGCUUCCUUACGAUCGCCGGGACCUUCCAUCUCUGCGCUGCUCAGUCAGUUUGUGCUGGUACUGAGAACAAGCUAAGCUCCCUGUCUGAUCUUGAGCAACAAUAUCGUGCAUUGCAGAAGUACUAUGAGAAUUGUGAGGUGGUAAUGGGUAACCUAGAAAUCACUAGCAUUGAACAUAACCGAGAUCUCUCCUUUUUACGGUCUAUCCGAGAAGUUACAGGCUAUGUCUUGGUAGCUUUGAAUCAAUUUGAGUACCUUCCAUUGGAGAAUCUGCGCAUCAUUCGUGGAACAAAACUCUACGAUCAUUCUGCAUUAGCCAUCUUCCUUAAUUACAAAAAGGAUGGCAGCUUUGGACUCAGGCGGCUUGGACUGAAGAACUUGACUGAAAUCUUAAAUGGAGGAGUAUAUGUUGGACAGAACCGAUUUCUUUGCUAUGCGGACACUAUUCAGUGGGAGGAUAUUGUUCGUAACCCUUUGGCCUCCAACUUCUCCGUAGUUCCAAAAAACAGCAGUACAGAUUGUGGACCUUGUCACAAGUCCUGUGGAAACCGAUGCUGGGGACCUUCAGCAGAUGAAUGCCAGACCUUAACGAAGAUGGUGUGCGCUGAGCAAUGUGAUGGGCGGUGUUAUGGACGCUCCGUCAGUGAAUGCUGCCAUCGUGAAUGUGCAGGAGGCUGUUCUGGACCAAAAGACACAGAUUGCUUUGCUUGUAUGAAUUUUAAUGACAGUGGGGCUUGCGUCACACAGUGUCCCCAGACUUCAGUUUACAAUCCUGCCACCUUCCAGAUGGAAAACAACCGAGAUGGAAAAUACACCUAUGGUGCUUUUUGUGUUAAAAAGUGCCCACAUAACUUUGUGGUUGAUAUCAGCUCUUGUGUACGUGCCUGUCCCAGCCCUAAGAUGGAAGUUGAAGAAAAUGGUGUUAAGACAUGUAAACCAUGCACUGACAUUUGCCCUAAAGCAUGUGAUGGCAUAGGUACAGGAAGUUUGAUGUAUGCCCAAACUGUAGACUCCAGUAACAUUGACAAAUUUGUCAACUGUACCAAGAUCAAUGGGAACCUGAUCUUCCUUGUCACAGGAAUUCAUGGGGACCCCUAUCACACAAUUGAAGCAAUUGACCCGCAGAAUUUAAAUGUCUUCCAAACAGUGAGAGAGAUAACAGGAUUCCUAAAUAUACAAUCAUGGCCUGAAAACAUGAUGGAUUUCAGUGUGUUUUCUAACCUGGUUACCAUAGGUGGAAGAGCACUAUACAGUGGCCUUUCUUUGCUUAUUCUCAAGCAGCAAGGAAUUAGAUCUCUACAGUUCCAGUCCCUGAAGCAUAUCAGUGCUGGCAACAUCUACAUAACAGACAAUAGUAACUUGUGCUACUAUCACACCAUCAACUGGACCAGUCUCUUCAGCACUCCCAAUCAAAAGACAGUGAUCCACAGAAAUAAGAAGGCUGAAAACUGCACUGCAGAGGGGAUGGUGUGCAGCCAGUUAUGCUCAAGAAACGGAUGUUGGGGGCCAGGGCCAGACCAAUGUUUGUCCUGUAAGCACUUCAUCAGGGGAAGGACCUGUGUCAAGGCUUGCAAUCUUUAUGAUGGAGAAUAUAGGGAGUUUGCAAAUGGUUCUGUCUGCAUGGAAUGCGACCCUCAAUGUGAGAAGAUGGACAACAAGAGGAUCACAUGUCGGGGGCCGGGAGCAGACCAUUGCACCAAAUGCGUCCAUUUUAAAGAUGGCCCCAACUGUGUUGAAAAAUGCCCUGAUGGUGUACAAGGGACAAACAGCUUUAUUUUCAAAUACGCUGAUGAGGACCGUGAAUGUCACUCUUGUCACCCAAACUGUACUCAAGGGUGUAGAGGCCCCUCUAGUCAUGACUGCAUUUACUAUCCGUGGACCCGCCAGUCCACUUUACUACAACAUGCUAGAACGCCCCUGAUAGCUGCUGGAGUGAUUGGAGGACUCUUCAUCAUCGUCAUUUUGGGCUUGACGUUUGCAGUUUACGUGAGGCGCAAGACCAUAAAAAAAAAGAGGGCUUUACGAAGGUUCUUGGAGACUGAGCUAGUGGAACCCUUGACCCCUAGUGGAACAGCACCCAACCAGGCACAGCUCCGCAUUCUGAAGGAAACUGAGCUGAAGCGUGUCAAGGUCCUUGGAUCUGGGGCCUUUGGAACGGUGUAUAAGGGUGUUUGGGUUCCUGAGGGAGAGAGUGUGAAGAUUCCUGUGGCUAUUAAAAUCCUGAAUGAGACAACUGGCCCAAAAGCCAAUGUGGAGUUCAUGGAUGAAGCUCUUAUAAUGGCAAGCAUGGAUCACCCACAUCUGGUGCGGCUACUAGGGGUCUGCUUGAGCCCAACCAUCCAGCUAGUCACUCAGUUGAUGCCCCAUGGGUGCUUAUUGGACUAUGUUCAUGAACAUAAGGAUAACAUUGGCUCCCAGCUUCUGCUUAACUGGUGUGUCCAGAUAGCCAAGGGAAUGAUGUAUCUGGAAGAGAGGCGAUUGGUUCACCGAGACUUGGCAGCCAGGAAUGUCUUAGUGAAAUCACCAAAUCAUGUGAAGAUCACAGACUUUGGCUUGGCCAGACUACUGGAAGGGGAUGAAAAAGAGUACAGUGCUGAUGGUGGGAAGAUGCCAAUUAAGUGGAUGGCUCUUGAGUGUAUACAUUACAGGAAAUUCACACAUCAGACUGAUGUUUGGAGCUAUGGUGUCACCAUUUGGGAGCUUAUGACCUUUGGUGGAAAGCCCUAUGAUGGAAUCCCAACUAGAGAAAUUCCGGACUUGUUAGAGAAAGGGGAGCGCUUGCCACAGCCUCCUAUCUGCACCAUUGAUGUUUACAUGGUGAUGGUGAAAUGUUGGAUGAUCGAUGCUGACAGCCGACCUAAGUUCAAGGAGCUGGCUGCUGAAUUUUCUAGAAUGGCUCGAGAUCCUCAGCGAUACCUGGUCAUUCAGGGUGAUGAUCGCAUGAAGCUUCCGAGCCCAAAUGACAGCAAGUUUUUCCAGAAUCUGCUGGAUGAGGGAGACCUGGAAGACAUGAUGGAUGCUGAAGAAUACCUAGUGCCUCAGGUGUUUAAUAUUCCACCCAUCUACACAUCCAGGGCAAGAAUGGACUCCAACAGGAGUGAAAUUGGACACAGCCCUCCUCCUGCCUACGCCCCUAUGUCAGGAAACCAGUUUAUCUAUAGAGAUGGUAGCUUGACUACAGAACAAGGAAUUCCUUUGCCAUACCGAGCUGUUAUGCCGAGUAUAGCACCAGAACCUCCCAUCAUGGAAGGUGCUGCAGAGAUCUGUGAUGAUACUUGCUGCAAUGGCACUUUACGGAAACAAGUGGCCAGCCUUUCACAGGAAGACAGCAUCACUCAGAGGUAUAGCGCUGACCCAACAGUUUUUAUACCAGAGCGGGGCCCAAGAAAUGAGCUGGAUGAAGAUGGGUACAUGACUCCAAUGCCAGAAAAGUCCAAAACAGAUCACCUGAAUCCAGUGGAGGAGAAUCCAUUUGUGUCUCGGCGGAAAAAUUGCGAUCUCCAAGCGCUGGAUAACCCUGAGUAUCACAACGGCCAAAAUGGGCAACCCAAAGCAGAGGAUGAGUAUGUGAAUGAGCCACUGUACCUCAACACCUUUACAAGCACCUUCGAGAAUGCAGAGUACCUGAAGAAAAAUGGGCUUCCAUUGCCAGAGAAACCCAAGAAAGCAUUUGACAACCCAGGUUACUGGAAUCACAGCCUGCCCCCACGGAGUACCCUACAGCACCCAGACUACCUGCAGGAAUACAGCACAAAAUAUUUUUACAAACAAAAUGGAAGGAUCCGGCCCAUUGUGGCAGAGAACCCCGAAUACCUCUCAGAGUUCUCCCUGAAGCCUGGCCCUAUGCUGCCCCCUCCACCCUACAGACACCGAAACACAGUGGUGUAAUCCCAGAAACGUUCAAGAAAUGGGGAACCCCUAUACCAGCACUCUCCAAUUCUCCUCCCUGUCUCCCUCUCCCUUUCCCCCAUCUUUUUCUUAUUUCUCUUCUCCUUUUCUUGCUUGUUCUUCCCUCAGUUUGAUGUCUAUAAAUGGAAAGGCAUAUUUAAGUUGCGUGUUCUAGGAAUCUGGGAAGAAAGACAAGCUGUGGAUGAAAGAAGAGGGAAAAGUCUGGCAUUUCUCACUUUCUGUGUAUCCAGAGAGCCAGGAGAUCAGAUAAGCCAAUGAAUAUCAGGAGGAGCCAGUGACAGUGUUGCUUGCUGUGUCAAACUAGCUCUCCAUGUAGUGAUUCAGCUUUGAUCCUGCAGGGAAGCUCAUGUAGUGUCAGCUUCUGUCAGCAGGAAAUGCUGAGAGCCACCACAGCAUUCCUAGGCAUUGCAGUGCAGUUUUGGGUGGGUGGGUGAGAAAGGGAGGAGGGAAGAGAGAAAGUAGAAAAGGACAUUUUUUAUAUCAUAAGUGAUGACAUAAUAACUGAGAAUAAGAAUCCAGUUUCUUUUUUGACACUUUUUAUUCUUCCAUGUAAAUAAAAUGGCUAACAGCUUGCCAUACCCGUCUACUUCACUGUGGCCAUCCAAGGAAUCACGUUGAAGAUCAUACGACUCUUGCCCUUUGCCACUCCCCUUUUCUCCAUCACUACUGCAGUUUUUGGUCUGUUUUCUAACUGCAGAGACCUCACUUCUUCGUGCUUCUGUGCAUGACAUUACAGGUUUUCUACAGAUGAACAGAAGAACAUAAAUUUUGAAAGCAAAAAUGAUUUCAGGACACACAACCAAAUUCUAGGGAAAACAAGAACAUCUCAUUUUUUGAGGGUAAGCCACCAACAACGAUUUAUAUGCACAGAGCCCUCCUGUUCAUGUUUUAUACUUGUUGAAUACAAAAUGUAGCUGUUCUCUCCUCAAUUUCUUUUGGUUUAUCUGCUAAAGUUAGGAAGCAGUAGGAAACACUGAGGACUGGACAGAGGGAGAAAACUGUCAAUUUUUUUAAUGAAAUUCACUUUUUUUUUUUUAAGGGUGACCUGCUUCUAAAGGAGGCAGAGUCAGAAGGGAGACUUUAAAUUGAAAAGAAAAUGACUGGUAAAACGCACAUGGCAGAUCACUGGAAGAUUCAUUUGCACUUAACCUAUGGUUUUAAUUUUUAUUUUUGUCUUCACUCCGAACUGUAUUCUGGAAUCUGAAUGAAGCAAUAUGGAAGUGACCAGCAAAAUAAAAUAAUUUAAAAUGUAAAAUGAAUUAUUAUGAUGAUGAUAUAUAUACAUAUAUAUAUAUAUUAAAAGAGAUGACUGUGGAAAAUGCCAAAAGAAAGUGAAAUCAAAUCUUUGGAACUUCGUUCACCAGUGCAUCGACUGCUCAUAGGAAUUCUGUUGAAGGAGUAACUAGUUUUGAUGCUGCCUCAUAAAGGAAAGCGGAGCAAAUGUGAAGGGGGAUUAUGGGGGGGGAGAGGGAACAAGUACAGGAUUGACUUGGACUAACCAACAAAAACUUGUGAGGCCUGCUGUUGAGGAUUAUUGCUUUCUCAGCACAAAGAAGAAACAUGAAACACGGUUUUAGAAAUCGGGGGUGUGUUUGGCUGUUACAUCGUCAGUCAAAAACUGUAAAUAAUUUCAAAGCUCUGUCUAUCUACCAAUCUAUUCGCCUUUGGCUUUUACAUGCUCAUUUUUAAAAAGAAUUAUUUUUUAGUUUGCUCCUUCAUGGCUGGAUUUUUUGUUUUUAGCUAGAGUUUAAUUACACAGCUCUGAAAACAGAAUAGCUAUCUGACGAAAGGACAAGCAAGAACACCAACCCCAUUCUCUUGUCUUACAGUGCAAUCCUACGCCUGUCUAUUCAAAGUAAGCCUCAAUGAGUUCAGUGGGGUUUACUCCCAAUGAAAUGCGUAUUUGGAAUGACAAGAGUAUUUCAUUGUAUGCACUUUAGUAAUGAUCAGUGCUUUUUUCUUUUCUCGUCAAAAAAUGAGGUACCAGUACUCCUAUAUGAUAAAAGGGUGCUAUGGGCAGUAAAAGGGGAAAAAGAGAUGCUGGCACGCUAUAUUGGUGAGUACUGCCACACACAAAAAAGCCCUGGUAAUGAGUAAAACCAAGUGCCAAGUAUAACAGCAGGCAACAGUGUAAACAUACUUUGUUUUUAGUCUGAAAACUGGUUAAGGACUUCAACAAGGGUGGCUUUCCACAUUUUUAAGAAGCACGUUAGGACGUUUUUCAGAAUUGAACCCUCAGGCUUAUUCUACUAAGUGAGCAUAGCUCAUGGUUUCAGAAGUUCACCUUCUAUAGUAUUAUACAGGUAGCCAUUUAUUAAUUAGCCAUGUUUCUGUGAUGCUCUGUUCCCUUUCUGUCACCAAGCAACAGAGGGAUACUUCUUUGUGACUGGAAUUUAUAAGACACAUUAUCCUAAGAGCCACUGUAGUUCCCAUGGUCAGCCAAGAAUGACCUCUUUUUGGGGCUCUCCAAGUAGCAAACGCAGAUGAUAAGGCCAUUUUGAGACGCAUUGGCCAUUUUGAGAAGUCCCAAAUAAAUGUCAUUGCUUUGAUAAGUGAAACUUGACAAAGUCUUGUCUGUUUUGAGAAAACAAAUGAAAGCUUCUUUGAGAUGCUUUAGCUACUUGAGGUUCCUUUGUUUGCGCCUCUUGUAUUUUUGACUGCCAGGUAUAUAAUUAUAGCCAGCCAUGGCUAUAUCGCAUGAAUGCAUAUUAAACUUGAGUGACAAAUGCCCUUUAGCCACUGUUCCUUGUCCCUGGAAUCUAGUAUGUUCUUCCAUUCACUCUGGAAGCAGGAGUCCUAGCUCAUCAACUCACAUCUGUUCUGAGAUCUAUAUAAUCCUAUCAGCAACACUGGCUCCCACUGCCAUGGGGAUCACCAUGACCCUGGUUAUUAUGGUGCUUGUCCCUUCCUCCUGCAGCUACACCCUCCUGACUUUUUAUGUCUGUGGGCUCAGGAAAUGCUGACAGGAAGUAAGGAACUCUGGGAUGUAUAGUUCUCAAGAGCAUUUCCUAUAAGGAGGCACAUAUUUUUCUGUCUUUCAAACUACGUGUUUUCAAACUUCCUGUACCAGUUCAAUCCAACUCCUUCUCUGUUCCCUGCCCAGAUCCUCUCUCAGGAGGGCCUGGGCUAGCUGUUCACAGUUCAGACUGUUGCUUGUUCUGCUCUCAUUUCUUCUAAUUGACCUCAGCAAAUCUCACAUUAGCAAGCCUCAUGCUAAUGAGCUUACAGCCUGGGAAAGCUCCUAGAACCACAGAGAUCUAGAGACCACAGUAUCUUCCACUCCAGUGCAGGACCUUUUUAUUGGCGUAAGAGCUUAAUUGAAGUGGGUUGCCCUUUGAAUGACAGAUUGAUUCUUUCAUACUAUAUUUUUACAUAGGUGCAUUUAUAGCACCUAGGCUUUCAUCCGAGUUGAAAUUAUAAAUCUAAAUAAGCGGGAAAUCAGACAGAUUAAGCACUAAGUUAUUACAUGGUGCACACACCUGAACAUCAAGUCAGCAACACAUCUUUUCAGCUGUGUUUUGCCUUACCAUGGAGCAUAGUGAGUCCGCAAUUCAUCUUAGUAUUCUUUCUGCAUGUAAGGUAGCAGACUAGUGGAAUUAGUGGAAAUUACAUUUUGUGUGUGAGUAGCACUUUUCUCUUUUUCCUUCCUUCCAGUAAAGCAGUACAAAACUUGGGUUCUUCCAACAGAUAAUUUGAAGUAGCUGAAUUUAUCUAUCUGCCAGGCAGAAGGGUCCUUUUUGUACCUAUUAAAUCUGUUUGUAACCAUACAGCUUCUCUAACAAUAUUGUUCAGUCUAUCAAAUUGUGUGUCAAACUGCAGUGAAAAGGAAAGGAACAUUCAAAAAACAAUGUUUAGUGUCAGAAUCAAUUGAGCAAUGAACAAAAAAUAUGUGCAAGGCCUGGCUUGAUGGCCACUGAAGUUAUUCUCUCGAUGUGCUUGCAUAAUUCCCAUUUGUCAUAAUAGAAAUGCAUUUAGCACAUAAUGAUAAAUGGGUCAAAGUCUUCAAAGAAUUGGUGCGUCAGUGCUGACUGCUUAUUGAUUUCAGAAGUUUUAGUUUCCUCAUUUGGGGAGGUAGUGGAGAAUGGCUUUAAAGAGGGAUUAGACAAAUUCUUUACAUGUCUGAAAAC